GCCGAAGAUCCGCACCAAAACCACACGCCUCGCCCGGCAGGUAAGACGCAGAUCCACUGGCGACGGAAGCGCUUCAUUUCGUCACCUCUCUGCCUUUCUCCAUUCAGGCAGCUUCCUGCAGCAGACGUCCAUCCAGGCGGCCUGCUCCUGAAAACCACAACCAACACGCAUGCAGGUACCACCUUCCCAAACACGAAAGACCUGUGGAGUGAUUGGCGUCUUUCGUGGCGCUGCAUGAGGUCCGGUGAGCGCUGCAGUGAGGUCAACAGACCCUCCUGACCAUACGGAUUUGCUAGACAAUGCAGAUCUGAGGCGGACUGUCGGAGGAGCGUAACUCAUCGAGAGCGAUAGCAUAGACACGGAGGACACACCAGCUGCAGGUGAGAUGGGGGCAUUGACGUGAAUGGGUUUGUUUCAUUCAUCGGGCAGGUUGGUGUAUGGAAAUGGCGGCCUCCUCUGCCGGUGCUGGUCUUGGUGGUGAUGGUGAUUUGCUUGAGUGUGUGGUGUGUAAGGAGGAAUACCAACCGGACGGCGACAAGGCGCCUGACCAGCUCAGAUGCGGUGAACGAAUGACAGCAGUGGAUGGAUGGCCUCACCGCCCGUCUGUGUGGCUGUGUGUACAUGCUGUGUUUUCUCUCGGUACACACAUUCUGUGCCAAGGUGCGUGGCUCACGCGAACCAAGACUGCACGGCUGUCCACUGCACUGUCUGUUGUGCUGUCUUGCAGUGUGUCAGAAACCUAGUGCGCCAUCACCCCUAUGGUCGUCGUGCUGCCAAGUGCUCCGAGUGCAGGUAAAGACAGCCAUGGAGGGGACGCCUAUGGCCAGUGUGAAUGGCCUCAAUCCUUCCCUCUUCCUUCGUCUGUGCGUCGAUCGGUCAGGGUGGAGACUGCAGAGGCUGACGUCCGUCCCAACUACUUAGCCCAGAAGGCCGUGACCUCACUGCUGGCGGUGCGCAUGCAAUGGGUAAGAACAAUCCCACAGACAGCCCUGACGCACCAUGUGCUGCCGUGCUUGUGUGUGUGUGGUUGGACAGGUGAGUCUGCCAGAGGGCACGUCGCUGACUCGGCAGGAAUACUACGGCCUUGUCGGACUGAUGGGGGAUCACGGGGUGAAGCUGCAGUCCAUCUACCGGUACGCAUGCAGGCGAGACACACACCCAAAUAAGCACUGUGUAUGACUGUGUGUGCAUCAGGGCCUCCGUGCACGGAACCACCUACGGCGAUAUGCUGCGUUGUGUCGGCGACAAAAGGGGCCUGGUGUUCGUCGUCCCCAAGGGCAAGUUCAAGUACGGCGCCUUCAUCAGUGCCGGUCUGGAGCUGCCCGACGACCCCACGGACUGGAACGCCUAUGACUGUGAUCUGUGGCACUUCUCGCUGGCCGGCAGUUUCCCCCAGCCCACCAAGAUCGACAUCGACCGAGAGAAGCAGUAUGUGUAUGUGGCGGGGAGGGAGGGAGGGUGUCUGUCGCUGGGUCAUGGCUGUGAUAAACCGACUGCCGACAUCCGUGCCUGCGGUCAGCACUGCCGGAUGACGGCUGGUGCGGUGGGGUACCAUGCUAUAGCUGAUGACCUCGAGGUGCUGCAUGUGUUGUAGGGAAUGAGGAAAGGAGAUGCAUCGAAGGUAUGACUCGCUUCUUCACGCGUCACUCACGCCUCCACAGAGUGCGUUUUCUAUGUGCAACUGCUUGUCAUGCGAGGAACGGAUGGACGGAUGGACUGCUGCAAGAGGGUGUCCAUAUCCAAUUUAUCCAUCAAUGCAUUGUGUG